UUCUUCUCUCGUAGUCUGAACGUUCAUGGUUGAAGAUCAGGUUUAAAGCCGUUUCUCCUCUUUCUUCCUUCGAUCUCCACAUCUGUAGGAGACACGUUUACAGCGGCGCUCUGUCAAGGUGCCCUUGAGCAAGGCGCCGCAUAUGCUCGGCAGCCCCGCCCAUCAGCCGAGCAGACGGAACCGCAGACCCGCGCAGCUGCAGCCGGCACUGGACCGGGAGCAGCAUCAGCCACACCGCGCACGCGCACUCACUCACACACUCACACACAGUCAGCAUGGGUGCGCAUCCCGCGCGCCCUCUCUAACCAUCCUCGCGGGUCAAACGUCACGCCUGUGCUGCCGGGAUGAGGUUGCGGGUCUUCUCCGCGCUGCGGGACGGAGCCAUGAAGCCCUGGCUGCUGGUCGCGCUGCUCGGUUUCUGUUCAGCCAUCAGCCCCAGCAAACAGGAGGACGAUGACUAUGAAGACGUGCCCAUAAACAAGACCUGGGUCUUAUCGCCAAAGGUCUACGAGAGCGACGUGACUCUGAUCCUGAAUAAACUCCUCCAGGGCUACGACAACAAGCUGCGACCCGACAUCGGAGUGAGGCCCACUGUGAUUGAAACCGCCGUGUACGUCAACAGCAUCGGACCAGUGGACCCCAUAAACAUGGAGUACACCAUCGACAUCUUCUUCGCUCAGACGUGGUACGACAGCCGGCUGAAGUUCAACAGCUCCAUGAAGCUGCUCAUGCUCAACAGCAACAUGGUGGGGAAAAUCUGGAUUCCCGACACCUUCUUCAGAAACUCCAGAAAAUCCGACGCUCACUGGAUCACGACUCCAAACCGUCUUCUGAGGCUGUGGAGCAAUGGCAGAGUCAUGUACACGCUGAGGUUGACUAUUAACGCGGAGUGCUACCUUAAGCUGCAUAACUUUCCAAUGGAUGAGCACUCGUGUCCGCUGGAGUUUUCGAGCUACGGCUAUCCAAGGAAUGAAAUCAUGUAUCGGUGGCAGAGACGGGCGGUGGAAGUGGCUGACCAGCGUUACUGGAGACUCUACCAGUUUGCCUUUGUGGGGAUGAGAAACACCUCGGACGUGGCUCACACUCAGUCAGGGGAGUACGUGAUCAUGACCAUCUUCUUUGACCUGAGCCGCAGGAUGGGAUACUUCACCAUCCAGACCUACAUCCCCUGCAGCAUGAUAGUGGUCCUGUCCUGGGUCUCCUUCUGGAUUAACAAGGACGCCGUUCCUGCUCGCACAUCUCUAGGCAUCACUACAGUUCUCACCAUGACGACUCUCAGCACCAUCUCCAGGAAGUCCUUACCAAAGGUCUCCUACAUCACUGCCAUGGACCUCUUUGUCUCCGUCUGCUUCAUCUUCACCUUUGCCGCUCUGAUGGAGUACGGCACCCUUCACUACUUCACCAGCAACCGGCAGACCAAGAAGACCAAAGGGAACAUCUCUGCUCAGAACAAAGGCUCCAGCAUGAACCUGCGGCCGGGCACCUCCCUGCUGCAGAUGAACAACAUUGUGCCGUACCACGAGGAGGACAGCUUCGCCUACGAGUGUCUGGACGGAAAGGACUGCGCCAGCUUCUUCUGCUGCUUCGACGACUGCCGCACAGGUGCCUGGCGCGAAAACAGGAUGCAUGUCCGCGUGUCCAAGAUCGACUCGUACUCCCGAAUUUUCUUUCCCACUGCGUUUGGCCUUUUCAAUCUGGUGUACUGGAUCGGGUAUCUGUAUCUGUGAAGUGCAGGUGGAGGACAGCAGUUGGGGUUUUACAUGUGCAAUCUUCUGAGUGUGGAGCAGCUUCUUAUCAAACUUGACGCUAUAUUGCACAUAUAAAACUCCAGGAUCCACAGAGGAAACGUUGCCAUUGAAUUUUUAAAGAAAAAAGCCAAACUGCUUGCUUCCUCUUGCAGCUGCUCAUGUAGUGAAGAAAAGAAGAGAUUUGUCAUGAAAACAUAGCCGGUUGUUCCCUCUUUAGCUGCAUGCUCCUUCAUUUUCCUAGUGUGUCAUUUUUAUGGAAACUGCAAUGCCUCCAUGGAGCAAACCAAAUUCUAUUUUUCUAGCCGAUUCCUCUGCAGCGAGCUCCUCUGAGCCUGUGCCAAACAGCCGCCAGCAACAACCGUGGUUGUUUUUGCAGAUUUUAUACUCUGAUGUGUCACAGAAAGUCCGAAAAAUGUCGACGUGUUCAUAAGUCGUUCCUCGUUGACCACAUCACUGAGAAGGCGUUGCUGCUGGAAGACUUGAACCAGGUUUCUCCAGCCCUGCUGCAUGUCGAGGAGCCUCUCUGCUGCUUUUAUCUGCCUGGUAAAACAUGCUGAGGAGAAAAAAUAAAUCACUUUUACAGCAUUUUCUUUGAGUCUCUGUGCAGCAACGUAGCUGUUAGUAGCAUAGUUUCAGUAUUAGAAAGGAAGCCGUUUAUGUGUCCACCGUGCUGUGAGAUCAUCCGCCCUUCACUCUCUUUUUGGCUCAUUCGGGGGACGUUUGGUCCACCAGUAAACAGCUGUGACAGGUGUUCGGUCACUGUGCUGGAGCCUUUCCUGGAGCGACGUUUGAACUGGUUUCUUUCAUCAGAAGACGAUCUGGUUUGUCAGAGUUUCUUCUGUCGGAUAAGUUCAGCCUCAGAGAUUUGACCAAACACUUUGGUUUUAGAAACGUUGUCCGGUUUUUCGCUGGUCUGGACUGUUUCCAGAACCUUCAUGCAGAGGCAGACCUGCUUCUGAUUGGAUCAUUGAUCUGCACUAAACUUCUUUGAGCCCCACACCACCACACUCACACCUCCGUGCCAUGAGUUCAGAUGUUUUUUUUUUUUCCAGAAAAUUCCUCUUCUGUCUCACCAGAAUAUUAGUCCAAAGCUUUAAGUCAGGAGUCUACAACCCUCAACACUUAACCCUUUAACUGCCCCGUCAACCAAACAGUGUUUUACAAAACAUGUUUUUAUUAAAAAAUAUGAACUGUGUGUAUUGCUCCCCAAGGUACGGAGGCCCUAAAGGGACAUUAAAGAAAAAAAGAUUGAGGUAAAAAACGUUUUUUUUCCCCAAAAAAUGAAGUAAAAAUGAAUGAAACAGAAAGAGGAGCUUCAGCCCCAGAAAAGCCUUUUCAACUUGAGAAAAUCAAUCUUCUCUAAUUCAUGAAACCUGCAUCAGCCUUGAGAAUACAGAGCAAAAACUGUCAAAUUUGAUUUAUUCAGGGGUCUCUAGUUUAAUUCAUGAGUCGAUUUAAUGAGACAAUAAGUUAACAAAUUUUAAAAUAUUUCAGCAAUUAAUUACAGAUGUCCUAAAUCUCUAAAAUUUGACCCAAACACAUCAGUAUGACGAUUUUAGUUUAAUGGUAAAACAUAAAGUUAAGGAACUGUUCAUUGAAAAUUCACAUGAUUCCUGUGAUCAUGACGUUUUUCUGAUUCCAAAUUGUGUUUCUUUUGUUUUACUUCACAAAAAUUCAAUUUGAUUUUUUUGGCCAUUUUUAGAAGUUGAAAUCUUUUAUUAUUCAAAGAAAAUAUUGUAUUAAACUAUUACAGAAAAAAGCCUGGAAACUUUUUUAUUGAAAUUUCUUUUUUAAUAUAAGUUAAAAUUCAAUAAUUAUAUUUGACUGGGAAAAAACAGAACCAAGUGAAAAAAAGCCAUAAAAAAUCUACUUUUAAACUAGAACUAACAUUGGAAUUAAAAAAGAAGAUUAAGAGGACAACCUUGAAAUAAUUUCUUUGAUUUGUUUUAAACAAAUUUUAAAAUACUUUGUUUUUUGCCGACAUUCGCAGAUGAUAUCAUGUUCUCUAUCAUGUUAAUAAUGUUUAGUUGAAUUACUUUACAUUUAUUUUUAAAUAUAAUGUCAGUAAUACCACAAUUUAUACAAUCAAUAAAAAAUAUAAAUUAUAUUUUUAAAAAGAAAUCAAUUUAGUUACAAUUUUUUUUAAUUAAUCUGACCUCAUCUUACAAAUUUCCAUUUAGUGUCAAAACAAGAAAUUUCAAGUUUAGUUCAUGUAAAAACAAUGACCUACGGCAUGAGCGCCGCUUUUCUCCUUCAAAAUCUACUGGAAUGAUCCUGUUAACGGUUGAAAAGUUCCAGUAAAUCCCAGAACAUAAACUCCGGGGUUAAAGGGUUAAAGAAGUGGAUGUUUGAGGGUUUCUGGAUCACUCAGAACAGUUUGUUGUGUCUCAGUUCGGGCCUUCAGUCGUCUCCCUCAGUGUUGCAGGAGCUUCAGCGCGUGUUUGCAGCUUCUGCUUCUGUACCAAAGGUAACGGAGGACGUGGAAACCAGCAGCCGUUUCAUUGUAAGACUCUGUUUGUGAGUGUCUGACUUUAUAAAAAAACUAAAAAUCUGCUUUUUUUUGCCUAAAAACCUCAAAUGAACUGAGAGCAAAGCUGUUUGCUUCACUGAGGAUCUGCUCCGUUCAGCCAAGCCAUAUGAACACACGACUCUGAUUACUCUGUGUAUGCUCAUAUUGUGUUGUAACUGUUAACUCAGCACACUGUGAUGAAAUAAAGCAGUGCCUGGAAAAAAAAA